AUGGACAUCAACGACCAGUUCGGCGGGGAUGCGGCGGCCGCAGAGGCGGCGUUCGUCGACGGGACUCAUCCAGCGUUGGUUGGCAACGGUGCAUCGGCGGGGGCCAAUUCAGCGAGGCAGCAACACCGACGGCACGACUCGGGUUCGUCCGCCGCCUCGAGCUCGUCGACCACUCCCCGUCGAGCAUUACCAAGGAGUCCGACCUCCCCCUCGACGGCUCAAGACUCGAACAACGCCGUCCACGCCCCUCGAUGGAGUAAUGCUGCGAAUGGCGCCGCGAGUCAGACGGGCCCCAAGGGUGUGCUCGCGGACUGGCACGCGUUGAACGAGGCUGGCGUCAGUGCGACAUCCAACACGGGACCCAAGGGCGUCUUGAAGGACUACAAGAGCUCGCAACAACAACAGCAACACCAACAUCAACAGAUCGGACUGCACAACCGCCCACCGUCCCCUACGGCGCGGAUGAUGGCCGCGGCGUAUUCACUUGACUUGGACGGUCACGACUCUGCGGGAGGCGAGCACGACGAGCGCUUGCUGGUCGGCGACGAAGCCGCACGGGAGCUGUACAGGCGGCAGAGGAUCACGGAGCUUAUGGGUAGCGGGGAAAGGAAGGAGACGAAGCAGAAGAGAAAGUUUGGGCACCUGCGGGAGAUUGGGUUCGAGCAAUUCGUCGCCGCGGUCGAGGAUGAGGCCGACGACGUCGCGGUCGUCGUUCAUCUGUACGAGCCAGUGAGUGCCACUGCGUGUCGAUUACCGAGCCGAGCGACGGAUUGUUGAUGUUAACCACCACUUGUGAGCCACCGCAGGAUAUCGAGGCAUGCACGCAACUGAAUACGCACCUCUCGUCGAUCGCUCGGUCGUAUCCGCGGACCAAGUUCCUGCGCGCGCUCGCCACGGAUCUCGAUUUCGCCGCCGACGCCGAGGAGCACACUCUGCCGACGGUGUUGGUGUAUCGAGGGGGCGAGCUGGAGACGAGCUUGAUCCGGUUCGACCAAGAAUGGGAUCAGGGGACACGGAGUGACAUCAUCCAGCUACUCACCAAGUCCGUCUCUGGGUCCCGGUCUUUGACGCGACCUCGCGUGCAGUCCUUCUUGCUUACCCUCGAUGCUUUCUUCCUUGCCCUUCUCUUGCAGCUGCGAUGCCAUCUCCGGAUCACCCAUCAUGCGGUCUCGCUUUGACCGCUUCACCGACGAGGAUGAAUGA